AGCCGAUCAAGACUAUCUUGGCAAGUCGGGAGGUUUUUCAGCAUUUACAGCGGAGGCACUUUCUACCUCUAUCCGUGGGAAUGAAGUGCUUUUCGUUUGUAGGAACUGAAACACCCCUUAGCUAGACCUAGAAUUGUUCUUGUUUCAUGGACAAUCUUUGAAAGGAAGUAGAACAUGGGAUAUGACCCAAGCAGUGUGCAAAGUUCAUAUCGUGUGUCACGUCCAAAGUGAGAGACAAUUCAUUGUAUUAUCCCUUCAAAAUGGGACUUUUAUUCGAUGUCAGCGAGAAUCGAUUGGAUGAAGUUAAUAUUAGACUCGUGAAGAAAGAGGAUGUGAACCAAGCGGACAAAAGCGGAAACACAGCACUUCAUUUAGCGGCUGAAAAAGGGUUUGCUGAAAUGACCACGUUGCUCAUUCGACAUGGAGCCGACCUGAAUGUAGCCAACGUAUGUCCUGGAUGGUCUCCUUUGCAUUAUGCAGCAUACGAAGGUCAUGCUUUGGUAGUUCAGAUCUUAUUAGAUGGAGGAGCUACUCCUGAUCCAAAAGAUAACCAAGGAGAUACUCCAGAAACCUGGGCCUUAGAAUGGGAGAACUACAAGUGUGCCAUGAUUUUAGCAGAUUCCAUUCGGAAGAAGCCACACGUAACGAUGGAACCUAGGGCCAAAAAAGAGCUUGAGGUUCAAGCCAAGCCGAAAUCAGACGAGAGCGAAGACGAUGAUGAUGAAGAAUGCACUCAUUGGGUCUUACCACAGUCAAAUACCAAAAGCGCAUCAAUCCAGGCUGAUGCUGGCACGGCGCUAUCAAAUGAAGAGAUGCUCAAUUCAAUUAAGGUUGCCAAGCUAUCAAAACAAAAAGGUGAUGUAGAGGCAGUGAGUGCAGAGAAAAAUGAGUUGAUAGGACAAAGCCCGAGGUCAAUCAGCGAUGCUCACGUCUCCUCCAUCUCUACAUCACCAGUCACAGACCUGCCUUCUAGUACCUGCGUGCAACCAAAUUCGGGUGAUUCUUUAGCAUGCCGUAAUGAAGAAAUACCCACCCAAACGACCAUACCGUCUUCUUCUCCAUGUUCUCUUACACCACCUCCGCCUCCUCCGCCUCCACCACCGCCUCCUCCGCCUCCACCACCGCCCCCUCCACCACCACCCCCUCCACCUUCGGCUUUGCCAGUCUCUACGAAAAAAGCUUCACAACCAGAGCAGGGAGCUUCAUUCGCAACGAAAUCCGGACGAUUCGGGAGGCUCUCCCGCCAGAACUCUUCGAAAUCCGUGAACAAAGAUGUGAAGACUGACGUGACCCAAUCCUUGUUAGAGGAACUCAAGGUCUUCACCGGUGCCAGGAAGAAGGUGUUGGCCAGGGAUGAAAAGAAGCCCACCAAAGAUCGAAGGCGAUCCCGAAGCCGUGAUCCUCGCCGCCAAUCUAUGAUCCAAAAAGAAGAUAUGCCGUUUUUUCAAGUGCCCAUGUCUCAAAGUAAGAAGGCUCAAAGUGACACUGACGUCAGAAUGGAUCUGAAGGAUGAAAUGGACCUGAGAAUGCAUGGGCCACGAUCCGCGAGUAUCGUUGAUAAAAUCAAGGAUUCCCUUAGUUCUUCGCCCAAUCUUGAGUUAGCUCCUGACCCACGAUAUAACCCACUACCUCCAUUGCCUGGUACUAAACACAUCGAUAAAGGCCAAUGCCACGAGUUUGACCAAUUGUUCCAAUUUACCGUGGAUCAAUCGCUUUCAAUGGAUUUGAGAAAAUCAGCCAAAGAUAUUGCCUCCCUCUCAAGAUUUGGGGAUUUGUCGCGGAUAUCCAAGGCCAAAGAGGAUCUAGUUUCCAGACUCACCUGUUUGAUUGAUGAGGAAAAGCGGCAAUUGGAGACCGAUCUCGCCAGAAAGAUCGAGGAAUUUGAGAACAUGAAAAAGAGCCAUCGAGAGGAAGAAGACCGGGUUCAAAACGAGAUUAGCUUGCUCUCCGAGAAAUUGGAGAAUCUUGUUGUACCCCCCAUCCUCGACAAAGCCAAGCAACGAUUCAGCCCAGAACUGGAAAAAGAACUGACAUGCGUGUCUUGCUCUUACAUUUGUAUUCCACCCACUCAGAUAUUUCAAUGUGACGAUGGUGAUCUUCUUUGCCAGACCUGCAAGUCGAAUGGAGAGCUCAAAACUUGUCCGGAAUGCAACAAACCCAUCGAUCGACCUUUGGCCAGAAAUCGGGCGCUGGAGAAGCUUGCCCAAAAGCAUUAUCAAAACUAACUAGAUCAACA